UAUCUGUUAUUGGCUAACAACUGAGUGACUGCUGCUCUGUUAUUUUGGACAAAAAAUGAUAAAGGCAACAAAUCGACAUCAAACCACAAAUAUCUCACUGUUAUUUUAGUUGAAAUUUUAAUCUUCAAUUCGAUGUAUAAGUAUAUAUGUGGCAGGUGAAUGCGGAGGAACUUCAGGUGUGAGGAUAUUUAUAUUUUUUUAAAGUCAACCAUGCUAGCAGUGCUAGCUCAUUAGCCACUGCAUCGUUGCCUCCUCUUCAUGGGUUUCUGCUGUUGAUUCUUCCAACAUAUUAAUGCCAUCAGCCAGGAGCUCAGGUCCUAUCAUGAGCGGGGCGAGCUGCAAAGCUAACGGUGCCGUGUACCCCGCCUCAUCUGCGGUGAUGAACCCGGUGAAGAAGCCGAAGAUGGAGCAGAUCCAGGCCGACCAUGAGCUCUUCUUACAGGCCUUUGAAAAACCAACUCAGAUCUACAGGUUUCUUCGUACAAGGAACCUGAUUGCACCCGUAUUUUUGCACAGAACACUCACCUUCAUGUCCCACAGAAAUAGUCGAUUAAAUGCCAGAAGAAAAACAUUCAAAGUGGAAGAUAUGUUGAAGGCUGUGGAGAAAAUGAAGGUUGAGCAGGAUUCUCCAAGCUUGUCUUCACAUCUACAGUUAACAUUCACUGGGUUCUUCCAUAAGGAUGAAAAGCCAUCUCAGAAUUCUGAGAAUGAACAAAAUUCUGUUUCCUUAGAGGUGCUACUCGUCAAAGUCUGCCAUAAAAAACGCAAGGAUGUCAGCUGCCCAAUAAAACAAGUGCCUACAGGUAAAAAGCAGGUGCCUUUAAAUCCCAACACUAACCAAACCAAGCCUGGCUCCUGCCCUUCCUUACUCGUUCCCAGCUGUGAGUUUGAGCCCAGCAACAGCCACAUGGUGAAGUCCUAUUCGCUCCUCUUCAGGGUGUCGUGCACCGGCAGGAGGGAGAUCAAAGGCCUGGUUAACGGAGAAACCAACGAAAAUAUCGAUGUGACGGAUACUCCCAGUAGAAAGAAGAGAAAUUCAGCCCAUAGAGAGGAGGGAGAAACCACAGAGACCUAUGUCGCACAGAUGACUGUCUUUGACAAGAACAGGAGACUGCAGCUGCUGGAUGGGGAAUAUGAGGUGUCAAUGCAAAGGAUAGAGGACAGUCCUGUGAGCAAAAAACGAGCUACAUGGGAAACUAUUCUUGAUGGAAAGAGAAUGCCACCAUUUGAGACGUUUUCUCAGGGACCCACGCUGCAGUUCACGCUGCGCUGGACAGGCGAUGCCAACGGGAAGUCCACGGCUCCUGUGGCCAAACCGCUCGCCACACGCAACUCUGACAGCUUCGGCCCGAUGGAGACCAGAACCAGCCACCAACGAGCUGCGCUUAUGACAGUGAAACAGUCGGUCAGCACCGACAUUCAGACGAGGAAAGAGCUGGUCCUGAGUGAGCCGCGACAGAAGCUCCGUAUCUUUUAUCAGUUCCUGUACAACAACAACACGCGGCAGCAGACAGAGGCGAGAGAUGACCUUCACUGUCCCUGGUGUACUCUGAACUGCAGCAAACUCUACAGUCUGCUCAAACACCUCAAACUCUCGCACUCCCGCUUCAUCUUUAACUAUGUGCCUCACCCCAAAGGAGCGAGAAUAGAUGUGUCCAUCAACGAGUGCUACGACGGCUCGUACGUCGGCAAUCCUCAGGACAUCCACAGCCAGCCGGGCUUCGCUUUCAGCCGAAACGGGCCGGUGAAGAGGACACCUGUCACUCACAUACUGGUCUCCAGGCCUAAGAGGACCAAGCCGAGUCUGUCGGAGUUCCUGGAGUCUGAGGAUGGAGAGCUGGAGCAGCAGAGGACGUACGUCAGCGGACACAACCGCCUCUACUUCCACAGUGACAGCUGCAUGCCGCUGCGGCCUCAGGAGAUGGAAGUAGACAGCGAGGAUGAGAGAGAUCCCAAGUGGCUCAGAGAGAAAACUGCCACGCAACUGGAUGAGUUCACAGAUGUGAAUGAGGGGGAGAAGGAGGUGAUGAAGCUGUGGAACCUUCACGUCAUGAAGAACGGUUUUAUAGCAGACAACCAGAUGAAUCAAGCCAUCAUGCUUUUUGUGGAGGACUGCGGCGCUCACAUCAUCCGCCGGAACCUCUGCCGCAAUUUUCUCCUGCACUUGGUCAGCAUGCACGACUUCAACCUGGUGAGCACGGCCACCAUCGACCGCGCGAUGCAGCGCCUGCGGCAGAUUCAGGACGAGAUGCCCGACGUCGAGGAGGAGCCGCAGGAUCAAAGCGCAGGGAUGUGCAACGGCAGCGCCGUCGCGUCCGGCGGGGCGAAGCAGGGCAAGAGGACAAAAAGCGCGCUAACAGACUGACGUGAGGCCGGACGUUGGGCACAAUGAUGGGGGGUCGGGGUUUGUUUGUUUUCUUCUAAUUGGUGCUUAGAUAGGGUGGAAAACCUGGUUGCCAAACCUGACGUGGACCAGUACGCAAGCAACACAGGCUUUCAAAAACAAGAGAACUGAACCAAAUAUGAACAGUAUGAAAGUGAAUCAGCCACAUCAGGACUGGAUGGUGAACGUUGGCUCUCCUCGUGCAUUUCUUAGGAGCCACUGGAGCCUCUGUCCGUGAAAGGAUGAACAAACGGCGUCGUGUGAUGUGCCACGACUGACUGCUUUCAGUACGUUGUUGUAAUCGAGGACUGUAUGGAUCUACAGUUAAAACUGUAGCGCUUACGUUGUCACUGUUGGUUGUUUGUACACGUAUUAAUUACCCAUGUUUAUGACUUUUAGCUGAUUAUUUUAGCACUUCUUCAAGGUAUUUAGAAGGUUUACCUUGAGAUUUAUAAAGAGGAGAAGUCCUUUUAAUUGAAAAGGCCACACAGGUGAGAGAACCUUAACGUGAAAAUCUUGCAGUCAGUAAAAAUGUUUAGUAUCUAUGAAGCCUGUAAAUCUUGUGCUGGGACCCUGGAAUGAUUAGCUCUGGUUUGUUAACAUGGCAGUAGGGUUUUAGUAGGAACUCAUCCUGGACAAGAUAAAUCCAGUUUCAGGUCCAGGCUUAAACGUUGUCUUCAUCCUUCUUGAGCUGUCAAAAUUGUUAAUGUCGGCCCAAGGAAAGCCAGAGAAAUGACAUUUUAUGCUUAUUUUGUUUGUCCCCAAAAACCAGCAGCAUAUUACUCCCUGUGGCAUGUAGAGGACCACCUGUAGUUUCUUUUCAAAGGCUAAAAUGGUGGAUUUUAUUUUAUUUUAUUGUUUGUUUGUUUGUAUGKUUUCUAAAGGAGUUAUCAGUAUUAAUAGCUGAAAUAAAUGUGCAUUUAUGUAAUCACAUUAACUCUUUAGGUGUUCUCAGUCUAGUAAUCAACAUGCUGCAGAUUUGUUUCUCUCAGAGCAAUAGCCUGUUUAUUUGUUGGUUGGUUCCAAAUCGGACACUCGUUUCAUUUUAGGUGCCGUUUAUGCCAAAGGGGAAACUUUUCACCAAUCUCAUCAUUUUUCUUCAUUUCACAAGUUUUUUUUUAAUCUAUAGUUGGGGUUUGUUGUGCACAUAAAAAGUGAUGGUUACCAAUAUUCAUUGUUACAAUCAAAUUCCUUUUGUUGACAACCAAAUUACCAGUGUAGUUUUCCUCUUUUCACCGUUUAGUGAGGUUAAAGUGGGGGGAGAUGCAUUGUCAAACGUUGUUCACGUCACAUUCUGGCUGAGGAGUAAUUUGUAUUUAAAGAAAUAAAAUACGUUUUCUCUUA